CGUUUGUAAUUCAUUUUUUUCGCAUUUUAUUCAAAUUAUAUUUAUCUAUUCACAAUGGUCAAAGUUCAGGUUAAAUGGCAGGGCAAAAAGUACGAGGUCGACGCUGACAUUACGCAGCCAGGCGAAACCUUCAAGAUGCAGGUGUACUCGCUGACCAGCGUGGCACCAGACAGACAAAAGAUCCUUGUCAAGGGUGGCCAGCUGAAGGACGACACGGACAUGUCUAAGCUGGGGCUCAAGGAAAACCAAAUGCUGAUGAUGAUUGGCACAGUGAGCGAGCUGCCCAAAAUGCCCAUGACGCAGGCCAAGUUUGUCGAGGAUAUGACCGAGAACGAAGUUGCUCGCGCACUGGCUAUUCCCGCGGGACUGGAGAACCUGGGCAACACGUGUUAUGCGAAUGCCUCUCUGCAGUGUCUUAAGGCUGUGCCUCAUCUGAAGGAGGCCCUGGAUGAGUUUAGGGCGGGUGGUGCUGCGGGUACGUCGGAUCCGAGGAGGAACCUGGCGACGUCGCUGCGUGGGCUUUUCGAUCAGCUUAGUGAGAGCAGCGAGGGCGUGCCGCCGAUGGUGUUUUUGAGCGUGUUGCGUCAGAUUUUCCCAAAGUUUGGCGAGAUGGAUCCGCAGUCCGGCGGGUAUCGCCAGCAGGACGCCGAGGAGUUCUGGAGCGAGCUGUUAACGGCGCUCGACCGUGUGCUGAAGAAGGACGAGAACGAGCCGAGUGUUGUUGAAAAGUACAUGAGCGGCACGAUGGUCACAACUUGGAAGACCGACGAGGCACCUGAGGAGCCCGAGGUUGUGCAGCAGGAGCCCUUCCGCAAACUGGACUGCCGCAUCGACAGGACCGUUAAUUAUCUGUCGCAGGGGAUUCAUAAGGGCCUGGAGCAGGUCGUCGAGAAGAACUCUGCUUCAUUGGGCCGCAAUGCCGAAUACAAGGUUGUUUCGCGCAUUGCCCGUUUGCCCGAGUACUUGACUGUGGCGUAUAGCCGGUUUUUCUGGAAGGCGUCCGAGUCUGUUGAUGCCAAGAUCGUCAAGAGUGUAAGGUUCCCCUUGGAGCUCGACGUGAGCGAGUUCUGCACGCCCGAGUUGCAGAAGAAGAUGCAGCCGGCGAAGCAGUAUCUGCGCGAAAUUGAGGACAAGAUUGCUUUAGAGCGCAAGAUGUCGAAGCGUGCAAAAUUGAAUGAGGAGCGUGGUAGUGAGAAGGGCAAAAAACCCGAGGAGAUGGACGUGGAUGUGGAGGCUAAGAAGGAGGAAGAGGCGGUGGAGGCAGCAGCCAAGCCUGUGGCCGAGUCGCAUUUUGAGCUUGAUCCUGAGCUCAAGGCUGAUGUCGGAUGCAACCCGAGUGGCAUUUAUGAGCUUGUUGGUGUCGUCACGCAUAUUGGGAGGUCUGCUAACUCGGGACAUUAUAUGGCGUGGGUGCGUAAAGAGAAGGGCGUGGGUGGACCAGACCCUGCUGCUGCUCCUGCAACCGCUGGCGGUAAGGCGCCUGGUACUCAGCAUUGGUGGUACAAGUUCGAUGACGAUAAUGUCUCUAUGGUGACGGAUGACGAGAUUCUCAAGCUGUGCGGUGGCGGUGAUUGGCAUACCGCAUAUGUCACGUUGUAUCGCGCAAAGAAGCUUGACUAAUUUUUUUGUUUGUUUUUUCGUGUAUUGAUAUUUACAUUUUAUUAAUCAAGGCGGAUAUAUAAUUAUUUCUCCAUGUUUCUGCUGUCGCCUUUGUUUUUGUAUUGGUGGUGUGACGAAACUAACGUCUAAAAUAUAUUGUUUUUAAAAUAA